AUGGGGAAAGGAGCAUUUGGCUCUGUCUUCAGAGGAGCUCUCCCAGACAAUACCCUUGUAGCAGUUAAAAAAUUAGAGGGGUCUACACAGGUAGAAAAGCAGUUUCGUGCAGAAAUAAGCACAAUCGGAAACAUACAGCAUGUCAAUUUGGUUCGGCUUUGCGGGUUUUGCACAGAAGGAUCACAAAGGCUACUGGUUUACGAGUACAUGUCCAACGGAUCUCUCAAUUCCUUUCUAUUCGCUGGAUCACAAAAGCUGUUGGACUGGAAGACACGAUUCGAGAUUGCUUUGGGCACUGCACGAGCUUUAGUUUAUCUCCACGAAGAAUGCAGAGAUCAAAUCAUCCACUCUGAUAUAAAGCCCGAGAACAUUUUGCUUGAUAGUGAUUUCAACGCCAAGGUGGCUGAUUUUGGGCUGGCAAAGUUGGUGGGAAGAGAUUUCAGCAGGGUUUUGACAAGCAUGAGAGGAACUCGAGGUUACAUCGCUCCCGAGUGGAUCGACGGCUUAGUAAUUACUUCCAAGGCAGACAUGUAUAGCUUCGGCAUGAUGCUACUGGAGAUGAUAUCAGGUCGAAGAAAUGUGGACAUGAGCGUGAAGGAACACACUAAGCAAUACUUUCCCAUAUGGGCUGCAACUCAAAUUCUAAACGGAAACAUGAUGAGCGUUGUGGACGAAAGAAUUGCGAUACAUGCGGAUGUUGAGGAGGUGAGAAGAGAUACUCUUGCAAGCCUGGUAUGCAUUUUAAAGGAUGAGAAUGAGAGGCCAAGCAUGGCUCAAGUUAUCCUGAUGCUACAAGGAAAGAUGAAUCCUGAUACACAACAGGUCAUGAGAUCUUUACAGUAUCUAGUUGAAUAUUAG